GCGAAAUGAAAGCCUCCGAGCUUGGAGGUUGUUCCUUUGUACUACUAAAAGAGACAACAUAUACAACACAAGUAGUGCAGGUGCGGCAGCUGCAAAAGCAUGCCCAGUGCUGCACCGGCGAAGGGGGACAAGAACUAUCAGCGUCAUCAACUACAUCCUCAGCCAAUUCUGCAUCCUCCUCCUCCUCCUGCAAUAUGCACCACACCCACGCCUCGCAGAAUCGUGCAACUCUCCCCUCCGUCCGCUGCGCCGGGGAACUCUACCACGGCCGCCCCUGUCGGAGAAGUAGACUUGCCGCUGUCCCCACCUCACACGAUGAAUGCCCAAAACGUAGUGGUACCCGAGCAGGUCCCAAGCAAGCGGGGCCACGAGGUGCCGAAGAAGGUGAUGUGGCUCACCGUCGUGCUGAUUGGGAUCUCCGUCGGGUUCGUGAAUUUUACGAUGGUGAUUUUGGACGCGAAGGUCUUGCGGCUCAAGUUCAGCUACAUUCAGGAACUGCUCUGGAACGAGGGGGUCAUCAUCGCGAUUCCGAUUUUUGUACAAAUUUGUUGCUUUUAUUGUACGAAAGAUGUCGCUUGACUUCGACUUGUUAACAUACAAGGUAGACCACGUGGUGUACUAGAUGAGUCUGAGCGACGUGCGUUCAAAAACCCGGACGAGGUCAUGCACAAAAAUUUGUUUAUCCCCUUCCCCUUGAUAAUAAAAAUAUCACUAUACACCAGAUCCUGGUGAGUUGUCUGUGCACUUUCGUCGCGUCCACGCUGACGGUGUUUCUCGCGCCGCUGUGCGCCGGCUCGGGCCUUCCGGAGAUCAAGGGCUACCUAAACGGCAAUCCGAUGCCCGGGCUCUUCGUGUUGCAGCGGGCGUGGAUCCGGAUUUUCGGCAUUAUUCUCGUGAUCGCCGCCGGACUGCCGCUGGGUCGCGAGGGUCCCAUGGUGUGCAUCGGCGGCAGCUGCGGCCUGCUGAUCCUGACGAAGAUUCUGAAGCCCUACUUCAAAAACUGGAUCCGCUUGGCGCAGGACGACGAGCUCACCAUCGUUAUGGAGGAAGACAACUACCACUUGAUCAAGCGCAUGGGCUGCACCCUGGGCGCCGCGGCCGGUAUCGCGGCCGCGUUCAAUGCGCCAAUUGGUGGCUGUCUGUACAUGUUUGAGGAAACCAGCGGGAUCUUGAACUGGACCAGUUUCCUCACCUUCGGGUCCUUUGUCUGCUGCGGUGUGGCGGUGUUGACGAACACGUUCAUGAUGGACGUAUUCGGCAUCGAUUACCGGUUGGUGUACCAACUCGUGCUGUUCUCCAUGCCCGAGCACGAACGGAUCGAGCGCGAGCCCUGGGACUGGCCGGACCUGGUCUGCAUUUCCUUCCUCGCGGUGUUCACGGGCUCCGCUGCGCAUUUUUUCACCAAGGGGGCGCUGUGGGUGUGGCGGGUGCGCCAGCUCCCGUGGAACGUGGUGCGGAGUGGGCGGUUGCUGGUGGGCGCGUUGCUGUUGACCAAGCAGGCCCUGCGGAAAUUGAAGGAAGUUUUUGUGAAAAUGAAAACUUGCUACAGGAGAACGAAGAGGAGCAAGAGCUUCAAUUCAACCACGUCCCCCACUUUGUCCAUCGCCUCCUCCAAGCAAGCGAGUGAAGCCAGCUGUAUCAGUAACGCGUCGUCGACGCACCCGAGUUCCUCCGCCGGGGUGGUUUCCAACCACGGUGUGGUACCUGAUCUAACCGGUACCCGGGCCACGAACGAGGGGUAUCCCUUGUUUUCGCAAGCAGCGGGAGGUCCUGAUCCGGGAGAAGUACAAAUAGAGCCCGUGGAUCCACGACUCCAGGCGGCGACGAGAAGAAAGAAGGAAAAUGAAUACAGGAAGAUGAAGAACUCUUCGCUUUGGGAAAAAUUCUUGUCCAGGAUAAAAACGAAGUUUACAGCUACGACAAAGCGGGCAAGAACAUCCAGCGACAGCAGAAGAGUGGAAAGCAAGUAUCUGAGCAACAGCAGCACGAUAUCACACAGAAAAAAGCUGGCAGGGCAUAUUUGUAAUGCAAAAAUAAACACGCAAAAGCGUCUGCGUUGAAUAUCCGAAGCAGCAUGCUAUGGGGCCACCCAUGACAAAUUUUUCUGCGUAUUUCUUUUUGCAUUACAAAUAUGCCCUGCCAGCUUUUUUCUCUUGGAUACACGACUACAACGACCAAAAGAAGGAAAAACCAAGUGGAACACUACAGCUCGGACGGGGACAAGGAAAAGGAAAGGAAUGCGGCGCGGUGUGUGGUAGUCGUCUCCACCUCGGCAGCAAUCGCGCCAGACAAGCAGCAACAGCAGGAUCAACUCUUUCCAAUCCCGAAGCUUCCCUCAAAGACGGAUUAUGGUGCGUCCACUACGGAAGGAGAAGAGGAGCCAGAUCAACAUUUGGAUCACCGGUUUUACAACUACGCAAGCACAACGGACGAGGAAGGGGAUCAUGAGGAAGGCAAGUAUAAUCAACAACAUCACCACACUAUCUCCGAGAACAAGGGUGAAACAACAUCAAAACCAGUGAUCGUGAGACUCGAGGAAGUCACAGUGCAAAAGCCGAGCCCCGGAACCAGUGCUUGCACAGAGCACGAAAACGAUGUGGAUGCAGUAUCAGAGAAAAAGGAAGGCAAGGACUACUCCGGAACUAGCGUCGUUGCUGAAGAAGGUUUGGCCGAUGUUCACCUCGAGCGCAAGGUUUUGCACCAGCCGCAAGAGCAGGAGGACGACCCGACCAUCGCAGCUCCUGCUAGCCAGCAGGAACCUCUUCAGGAUGCGGAUGCCUCCCCGAAAAAGCCCACGAAGACGCACUGGGGGAAGAAGGUCGCGCAAAACGAAAUCCCGGACGUGACUGUGUGCUUCGAAACAAGACUGCUUUGCGCGAAAUUCGGAAAAAUCUGCGAGGUGGUGCUAGUCACCGCGUUCAUUUUGACCAUCAUGGGCCUCGCCCCGCUUCUGUCGCAUAAGUGCGAGCCGGUGGAGGAGCUAGUGCUCGACCACCGGAGGCACUGGGCAGCUUACACCUGUGAGCAGGAGGAGAACACGGAGUACGUGGACAACCUGCGGGCGAAACAAGAGCACACACAGGGGUUGAUCUCGCCCGACAUCGACCUGACGUACAGCCCGCGGAGAGGGAGGAGAAUGCUGGGAGACGGAAGUGAAGAAAACAACCUGGAUCCGAUGCUGGGAGGACAGGAACCACAAGAAAGUCAACCUGGCGCUACGACGAGGAGAACCGAUAGCAAAACUUCGAAUCUUCUUGCCCGCCAAGGAGGACCAUCAUCACGGGCUCCCAGCAGUACCACCACGACACUUGCACUCGCGAACGAAUUUUACCAAGAGCAAGAUCCUCAUCGUGAGGAUGUAAGAGCACCUGAAGUAGAUCAAGAUUACUCUGAAAGUGAGCCUGCGUCUAGACUGCUGGCUGAGACCGUGGUCACCCACUUCAACCCGAUGGCCACGAUGUUCCUUCAGGGUGAGGAAGGGGCAAUCAAGCACCUGUUUGCGCGGGACUACCGGUUUCGGCCAAAGCGGGUUUUGCAGCAAACCUCGACGGGCCAGCUCGAACUGUAUGCCCCGACGGCGGGGAACGAGCCGAGCUCGAGCUACCACAUCCCGCGGAACCACCGAAACCACACGUUCUCCUACAUCGAACUGCAGUGGCUGGUUUUGUCCCUGGUCAUCUACGCCCCUUUGGCAAUGCUGAUUCCGGGACUGGCGAUGCCGUUCGGGAUGUUUAUCCCGAAUCUGUUCAUGGGAGCGGUCCUUGGCCGCAUUGCGGGGGAGUUGGUACACAUGAUGGACUUCCUACCCUUCCGGCCAGCGCAUCCAGGUUUUUACCUUUGCGUAUGUCAUACGUUUCUUCAUGUUUAGUUUCUAGCGUCAGCAAUUCGUUGCGCGAAAGGGAAAGGAUCUUUGCCUGCGGCCGCUUCAAGCUUUCAUUUACAGGUUCUGAAUCUUUCAUGACUACUCUGCUCAGACGUUGCGAUGCAUUUCAACAUUUCAAUAGGUUUUUAUGCCGUCGCUGGUGCGGGUGCGAUGCUUUCCGGAUUUACGCACAUGUCCAUCGCUAUCGUCGCGCUGCUGGUCGAGGCGACGCACGACAUGGACAUGGUCAUUCCCAUUCUGGUUUCCAUCCUGUUUGCGACGCUGACCAACAAGUACCUUGGCGGGGACAACUUCGACGAGCAUUUGAUCAAGUUGAAGAAAGUGCCACUUCUGUACCCGGAACUGAAACUCGAUUCGAAAACCAAAAAUGUUGGCGACGUGAUGGAGGUCUUUGCGGAGAACUCGCCACAGCUGAAGACCGAAGACACCAAAAUCUGCGACAUCAUCCAGCUACUGCACAACCACCCAUCCCUAAGCCACUUCGUGGUCCUACGGAAUGUGAAUUGCGGAGGCCUCCUUGCGGGCAGCGGAAAGUUUUUGGGCGGCGGAUCAGCUUGUAGUUACAACGCGCACCAGCAGCUGCAGCAAAGUUCUACCGCCGGGGUCAUCGGGGGUGCGCCGUUGUCGAGCCCAGUGUCAACAUCACCGAAUGUUGGAAAUAAACUUGGCUUGGAAAACCGCGGUGAAUUGGUCAACACGUCUACUUCUGCAGACGGAGCCAAGGUUGACAAGGGUUGUCAAGAAGCUGCAACAUCACACGACGAGGACAAGGUAGUGCCUAGAAGCACCUCCGAGGACUCUACUGCCCCAGCCUUGGUGGAAGUCACUGCCGCGCCUGGUAGUGUCUCCGCUGCACGACCGAACAGAACCGACAGCUGCCCGGAGACCGAGCUCCCGAUUGCGGGCGCGCUCGCAGCAGACACAUCGGGUGGGACAGGUGCGGUCAAUGCGGGGUACCAGAGUUGUGCUGGGAACAACGGAAAUGGAGAUCACGAGCGAAAAUGCUCCUCUUCGGCUGCAACUUCGUCCCAGCAGCAGCAUGUCUUGACCACCAAGAGUCUGACGAUUGACGUGAAGCAGACCAGCGAGAGCAGCGCUGGAGAAGUCCAGCAAACCCUUGCGAUACCGCACCCCCAGCAGCCAUGCAACCCGGCGCAGUUCCAGGCCGUUCCAAACAUCGCCCAGCAAACGAGCCAAAUCUACUACAACCCAGUGCCGCCAUCCACAAGGGAGAAAAAGAAUCUCCUGACCACGACAUGCACGAAUUACGAGCCGAACUUUGACGCAAUGUGCACGAACUACGACGGGGCAUUGUCGUGUGCGAACGGAAAAAACGAUAAUGGUACUGGCUCCCAGUCCGGUCAGCAUAGUAGUUCUACUCACCCUCACAGUUAUGGUGGCGGUCCUCGUCCCACCGCUAGUCCUACCGCGAGCUCGGUCGAAAUCGUCGGCCUCAUCUCGCGGCAGCGGCUGGAAAAAGUGGUCUCCCUGCACCAAGACAUGCUGAACGUGUGGCAGCAGUGCCAGACCUACGGCUGCCAGCUCACCGGACAGCACAAUCGGCUGGACGGAACUACGGCACAGUUGGCCGUCGGAGGUGAGUUCGUCCCUGUAGGCGGUUGUGCAGCUGCGGGUGCUGCGCUAGCGGGCGGGGUGGACCACCAUCCAAUGCAGGGUGCCCACACGACCGUGGUGGAUAUCGCACAGAGCAACCUCGAAUUCGUGCAAAAUUUGAACAACACCAUCAACUCUCCGUCGCUGCCGCCGCUGAUCAACACGCGGGUGCACCGGCUGUCCCAGGCCGACUUCAACCCGAUCGACGAGGAGGAUUCGCUCGUCCUGGAGGAAGAGGACGACUUCAUCGAAAUGCACCAGCAGCAGUGGCAGCGCACGCAGUCGUUGACAACCGCCAGCAGCGAUUUGCUGCACGCAUUGGAGACGAACUGGGGCAAUAAUUCCACCGACAUGAUGCUACCCCAUCUACCUACUAGCGGGACUUCUAACGCGGGGGCCCUGUUAGCCGGAGCCGGUGGCUCGGCUUUCUCCCCCUUUUCCGGAGCGGCCGCAGCGGCCCAGGGCUUUUUUUCCUCCAGUACGUCCCGCCGACAGUCGGAAGACGAUAUGAUCCCGGGGCUUCGCAAUGCCAGCAGUGACGCCACGGUGUUUCAGAGGACGCUGAACAUGUGGAAAACGAGGUGCGUCGGUGGGGGAAGUGGCGGCGUUGUGAAAUCCAGUUCGUCGCCUGUGUCCCGGAACAGUUCGGCCUCCGCAUUCAUGAAGCAGCUCGCGUUUGGCGCAGGUUCUUCUUCUGUGACGAGCGCUGGGAUGGUUGGGAAUAAUUCUAACCACAACAGUGGUCAGGGUCAGAAUCGUGGGCUGGUGCACAACCAUCCGUCCUCGCACCAAGUGCCCGAGCCGCCGCGAAGAAGUUUCACGACUACCAGCUUCGGGAGCACCAUCACAAAUCCAAACUUGCACAACCCCGUCCCAACGCCCGGGAAAAAUCUUCACGCAGGUCGUGGUCAGCUUGGAACUAACAGCACAACCACCAGAACGCAACAACAACACCAUCAUAGCUCCUCGUCCUUCAUUCCGGGCCUGCUCCAACCGGGACGUAGUCGCAGUAGCAUUUUGGGCGGGAAGUUUGGAGGCAGUAAGAAUUCGAAGUGGAUGAACAAAAACGCAGGCAGCUCCAGUAGUACUGCGACGUCUGUGACGUCCAACAGUCCAGAGCGGAACAAAACGUCCGUCACGGUCUUUGGCGUACCCAAAAACGGAAACAUCUUCCAGAGCCCGUUCCGCAUACGGAACUUGGCGAAGAGUAGCAAAGCUAGCAAAACUACGGCUGCGCCACGGCUACAGCAGGGUACAAAUCUUCACGCGACAGACCGACGGAACCGACUGCCAACGACGAGGGCGGAAGAUUUAGACCUGAAUUCAGAGGCGCAUGACGCAGGUCGUGCGGAAAAAGUUUCUGCUGAAAUAACUAAUCGCCAGCACAAAAAUCGUGGAAAGUUGUCGCACGGCACAAGAACAACUACAAGAGAUGAAGAUGUAGGAGACCACCACCGUCGGUCCGAUCGCGUGGCCCUUUCUGCCAAGGGCACCUCUGGAGACGAGACUUUUAUCCCUGUAGGAGACGACGACUCGCUGGGUGAGGAGGGAGAUGACGCCGGGAUUCUGAGUCCAGACCAGCGGAAGAGGCGAAAAAACCGCCGCACGAGCAUGCCCUGCUCCCCGGUGUUUCGCCACGGGAAAAAGUUUGCGCACCCGCUGAGCUUCUUUUUCUCAUCCUCCUCCGGGUCGACGGCCAAUGGUGCCAACAAACACUCUCCGACGAUAAGCCAGGAAGUCGGUGCUGGGAGUAGUGGCAGUAGAAGUGGAGUCCUCGGAGGUGGCACAACUACCGCAAAGGGGAACAAUGACGGAGCUAGUAGAGAACCUACUUCCUCUUCUAGUUCUAACAAUGUCCUCCACCUCGACAGGACGAACAAGAACCGGAACAAAAUUUCCGUCAGGAGGGGGAAUGACUUUGACGCACACGAGAACCAGCAGCACGACGGGAAGCACCUUUCUGGUUCUGGGGUUGAUCAUUACGAACACUCCCGUUCAGAACAGAGUUCCCCCGCUCCGCCCGUCGUACCCGGACGAUGGAUCCGCUCCUCCAACGGCUCGUGGAUCCGCGAACAGAUCGUCGAUCCGAACAGAGAUCUCGUCGGGGAACGGUCCGUCGUGCCCGAGGCCGGGGCGAGCAAGGGAAAAACGCUGACGGGGCGAAGGGAGAAUGACGAAAGGCACCUGCUACAGGACCACCUGGAUGUUGAAGAUUCAUCACUUGCGCCAGGAGCAGAUCAUGUUGCUCCGUCUUCUUCAAACAGUAACUUCAAAAAUCCAAAUCGUUUUCAUCAGGAUCAUCAAACUAACCCCGGCGAUGUUGAGACACACAAUUUUGUAGGCGACACCGAUGAGGGGGAGGGCGCGAAGCAACUGGAGGCAUUUGUGCAGAAGAAGUUGCUUCGGUCCCGCAGCUUUCCGAGCGCUUUGCGGCACCGACAUCUCCUGCCCAAGUGGAAAUGGAGCCACCACUUCGGCGAGCCGCACCCGCACCAGCGUUCGAACAGUAGAGGCCAGAGGAGAAGAAGAAGGAGCAUUCGGAACAGCAGACACAGAGGACACAGUUCGCUCUCCACCUCGUCCAGUGUUGCCACCAACGUCGCAGCCGCGACCGUAUCCGGAGAAGCAUCGGCCGCGGAGGCAACCCAAGAAGCGGAUCCUUCUUCGCCACCAGAAAUGAGAAUGUCGGCACAACAAGAUCGUGUCGAGACUGUGAAGACAGUUGUGCCGAGCAACUCUAGAAGAAGUACUCGGCCGGACGAGGCGGAGCAGGAGGGCCGCGGGGGUGCCAGAAAUAAGACCAAUUUUGGGCAGAAGGAGUCCGACGACGACGAAGAAAUUGAUCCAGAUAAGAUGCAAGUAGUGGCUUCGAUUGUAGUUGCACCAGCUUCCACAACUGCGGUUGAGUGCUGCAACAAAGAUCAUGAACGCGGCUUCCAGGAGAGGACGAGGGACGUCGGACGAGAUGUCGAUACUACUUCGAAGCCACUUCCUCGCGAAGAGGCCAAUCCGGAUGGCGCGCAGCGCGCGGGCCAGCCAGGGGAAAUAAAGGAUACAGUACAAUUACCAGAAGAAGAUCAUCAAUGGAGUCCAAGUUGUGCACCGCCCCCCGUGGGGGCACAACCCGCCACUCAACAGCGACAACAGCAGCCCGCAAAAGAUCUUCCGGUGCAGCAGAGCGUCGAGAGGAACGAAGCCAACGACCCUGAAGAGGACAACUCGAAACUUCUGGACACCAUCAGUCUGUGGAACCUGAUUGACCCCGCGCCCUACUGCGUGGGCCCCGACUUCCCCAUCCAGCGCAUUUACCCGCUGUUCAUUUCCGCCCACCCGGUGCCGGCCGUGGUCGUGUACGAGCGGGGGCGAUUGCGAGGGGUGCUCACCCGGAGGCAUCUUACGCACUUGUCGCACGAGUGAUAUACAAGUAGUCAGAAACGAAUAAACUUUUUUGGUUUAUUUCGCAAACGAGCAGGAUAGGGAUCGUGAUCCAUGGACGAGGACAACAAGAAUCUCCUGCGGACCACCUCGGUCACGAACAAAAUAGGUUUUUUCAUCGGUUGAAUCAGUAUGCUAUCAGCCACAGCGUUACAGCCACACUUCUUUUGUGCUGUGCUAUUUGACGAGGUCGCGUGCACUACAAACACAAACUUUUGUCUUUUCGAAAGAGCUUGCGUUCUAUGAUUUUCAGUUCAGUAUACUUCGCUGUAGUCGCAUGAUACAGCCAAAGAAUUUCUUAGAUUUUGUCAACCAACAUACAGAUAAUUCGAUCAAGAAAUUGUCGUGCCAGUGGCCGACACCGGGUUUGUUAAUAUUGAAGUAGCGUCUUUGCCGUGCAGCUAUUUUGAAUACCAAUUUUGCCUACCAAGAAUGCUUUUACCUCUUGUAUUAUCGCGUUUUUCACCACUCCGCUUUUGCAGUACAAAGAAUUCUGCUACAAGUACUACUGUUCUUUUUUCCUUGAUUUCUUUGAGUUCUACAGGUUUCAUCUGCCACCUUGAUUCGCGACCUUAUGUUUGAGCCCUUUUUUUGCCGGUGCGUGUUGACCUAUGCGUUAGCAUUAGCUAGGUAUGAGACAUGAAUUUCCAUCGACUUCUGCACCGUCCUACACUGUUUUCUUUUCCCGUACACGAAGGCAAAACCGCAUGGCCUCUACCUAGAUAUUACGAUAAGACGUUUAUUGAAAAUACAAAGAGGACUUCUACUUCGUUCUCGUAGUUGCCCCCGGUUUAGUACAUCUUCAACUGAAGGACAUCAACAUCAAGAAGUUUUAGAGCUUCAAACAGUUUUAUGCGAGUGGACCUCCACUCGUGUAGAAGCAGACUGACCCCUACCUCAU